GUCUGCUAAAAAUACUCUGCGAUCAGAGAAACUCCCAGUUAAAAUUUACCGAACAUGGCCAGAAACAGUCUGCAAGAUCUAAAAAGUGUAAAAUUUUAUCAGGCAUUAGCAUGUGAAUUUAUUGGGACAUUCCUACUCGUUCUGGUUGCUUGUGGCUCAUGCGGCCGUUUUGUAGUUACCGAAACUGAAGUGAGGACAAAUUCAACUAACAUAGUUACCUCAAAAUUGAUUCCAAAUGACUUGGUUCAAAUAUCUCUAUGCUUUGGUCUGAGUGUGGCAACCAUAGUUUGGUCGAUAGCACACGUCAGUGGUGGUCAUAUCAAUCCUGCAGUCAGCAUCGCUUUUUUCGUCACAAGAAAAAUUAGUUUUAUACGAUUCAUUUUGUACGCAGCCGUUCAAACAGCUGGUGCAAUUGUUGGUGCCUACAUUUUGAAAGCUCUCACUCCAACUGGAGUUAAUGAUAGUCUUGGAUCAACACUGCUUGGUAGUGGUGUCAGCAAGGCAGGCGGACUUUUCGUCGAGCUUUUCAUCACUUUCGUUCUUGUUUUCACUGUGUUUGCAACGUGUGAUUCCAACAGGCAAGGAUUCGCAGGAUCUGGCCCGCUGGCGAUUGGACUGUCCAUCGCAAUGUGUCACCUCUGGGCGAUCCCAUACACCGGAUCCGGAAUGAACCCAGCUCGUGCGUUGGGAUCGCACGUUGCUUCGGAAACCAUCAAAGAUCAUCCUUACGUCUGGAUUUAUUGGAUUGGACCGUUGAUCGGAGGCAUGAUCGCCGGCCUCUUGUACGACCUGGCAUUUGCAGCAAACGCAGGAUCGUCAAAAUUUGCCGGAUUUUUUACGGCAGAUUAUGAGGACGAAAACUACGAUUCAACUGGUCAAAAAUCCCUCGAAGCCAACUUAACUGGAAUAAGAUUAAAAGAUUCCGUGUAGAUGAAGUUUGUGGUUUGUAGGGUAUCCGUUGUUUCUUAUUUUAUUUAAAUUUUUAACAUUGCUAUUUAACAUUAUUUUUUGCUAAUUUAAUUUAAAAAGUAAUUUUUAAUGUAUCUAAUCAAGUGAAAGAUUGAUUUAUAAUUUCAGUUUUUACAGUACAAUUUCAACUAAUACCACAAAUAUUGUUCAACUUUCUCAAAUGUUUUUUUUGACAAGUUAAAAUACUUCAAAACUAUUCAAAUGGUUUGAACAAUAUGAUGCUUAACGUUCUGAUGUUCAGUGGUUGUUUUUUUAAAUGAAAUGUCGCCAAUGUUUUUUUCCUAAUUUACAUUUUCAAGCUUAUUGCGUUCUUUUUUGAUGUUUCGUUUCUUUAAUAACUUUUUAAACAAAAUACUUUCUUAGCUUGGCGGAAAUAAAAAUUUGUUUAUCGAUGGAUUCGCGAUAAAAUAUUUUUACGUCGAAUU